AUGUCCAUCAAAGCUGAGUUACAUUAUCAAUUGAAAGAAAUCGGCUACGAACUUGGUUCAUUCACAUCAAAAGAUACAUUAUCUGUCAUUCGAUUUCUUCAUUCCGUCGUAGUAACAGAACAAGGUAUUAAUGUUGCUAAACUAGACGAUCUUGAACUUCGAAAAAGCUUAAUUCAACAUAGCGUUAUUGUCGGACCUAUUACAAAUCAUACUCGUGCAAUUUAUCAACGUAAACUGCUCGAAGCAUUAACUAAUCAAACAACAGAAGGACAAGAUGAUGAGUUUGAAACCAACGAAAACAGUAUUCAAUAUUCAAAUAUCCCCCCGACGAAAGAAUCAUGUUCGACAUAUUCAUCAGAAAAUCCUUAUUUACAGGACUUUGAAAAUGUCGAAUCGAUGACUAUUCGACAUAAUUAUAAAGCUGCUUCAUCGUCGGCAAAGUCAUCGAAGCAAAAUACGUUUGAAGAAUCGAAUGAGAUACGAGCACGCAUUCCAACUAAAUCAAAUGCAAUUUUAAAGAACGAUAUGAUACCUAAAAAAUCUACGCACAAAUCUGAAAAUCAAGAUGAUAAUUUAAAAGUUGAAAAAAAAGGUACAGGCUCAUUUGUUUAUGUUGCUUUAACAAUUAUAGUCGCUUUAAUUGUUUGCUUUGCCUAUUUAUGGUUUGAAAAGUGA